UGACAUUUCCUUAGAGAGCCAUUAGAACCUUGAAGAUGACAGAUAACAGCAGGCAGGAGCAGUCAAAAUGGAUAACAACAGUUAUUAUGAGUACAGGUCUACAGAACCACGAAAUCUCCACAGUUCUACAGAGGCAACACCGAGUUCGAUAUUCAGAAUCAGUGGAAAUUGGCUCCGUGAUUUUUUCUCUUUCUGGUGUUGCAUUUAUACUGGUAGACAUUCAAGACUUGUUUGUGAGAGGGGAAGAACAGUUUUUAGAAAGAAUUCAGAAGUUUAUAAACAUACAUCGGAAUAGUUUUCUGGUUUUGUCAGCUGCUCUCCAUGGACCACAAGAAUGGAAUGUAAUGUUUAGGAUUCAGAGAAGAUUCCUGGGAAGCAAUUUACGUAUAAUACCAGUUCAUAAUACUGCUGAAACUGUUAAGUUGAUGCUAACUAUAGCUAAGAUGAAUUCCAAGCCACGCGCAGAUGAUGUUUCUCAGAAAAUGGCAAUGACAAAAACCCACAUAAUAGAAAACAGUCCAGUCUGGAAGGUGCUUCAGGAGUACCACAAGUUGCAUAGUAAUAACUGACUGAGAAGUUUUAUUCAUAAAGUAAUUAUAGCAGCUAUACU